AUGGCGCAGCUGGAGGCGGCCUUCAAUCCGAAGACCAAGAUGAUCGUCCUCAAUACGCCCCACAAUCCAGUGGGAAAGAUCUUCUCCAAGGCCGAACUGGAAGCGAUCGCCGCCCUGUGCAUCCGCCAUGACGUCAUCGUCCUCUCCGACGAGGUCUACGAGUGGCUCGCCUACUCGGGCGCGACCCACACCCGCAUCGCCACGCUGCCCGGAAUGUUCGAGCGAACGGUGACGGUAGGAUCAGCGGGCAAGACCUUCUCCAUCACCGGCUGGAAGAUCGGCUGGGGCUACGGGCCGGUGCAGCUGAUGGAGCAGCUCUUCAAGUUCCACCAGACGGCCAUCUACAGCGUCAAUGCGCCCUGCCAGGAGGCGAUUGCCGUGGGCUUCGAGGCGGAGUACCAGCGUCUGGGCACCAAG